UGUGCUGAACAAACAAGUCUGAUCCAGGGAGGCUCCACCUCACAACUUACAGGACUUAAAGGAUCUGCUGCUAACAUCAGCACACCUUCAGGGGUCUAGAAGAGUCCAUGCCUCGAUGGGUCGGGGCGGUUUCUUUCCAUUAUCUGUUUACGAUAAACUGGGUCAGGUGCGAAAUGAGGCCUUCCUUUUCUGCUACUUCUGUUACCUUUUCUGUGGAUGCUAUUUACUUCCAAAAUAUGACGUUCGUUAAUGUUAAAUCAGGGCUGGGCAAACUCGGUCCUGGAGGGCCACUGUCCUGCAGAGUUUAGCUGCAACCCUGAUAAAACUCACCUGUAUGUAAUCCUGAAGACCUUGAUUAGCUGGUUCAGGUGUGUUUGAUUAGGGUUGGAGCAAAACUCUGCAGGGACAGCGGCCCUCCAGGACAGAGUUUGCCCAGCCCUGUGUUAAAUAAAGCAUUGCAACAUUACUUUCAAGAAUGGUUCAUUUAUUGUACACGGCUUGUAAAAGUGAUUAAAGUGACUGAACAGUUUGCAUUGAUAUAAAAGUUAAAUUCUAAAACGUUAAACAAACCUUUCUUCAGCAGAAUCACAACAGAUGCAGGAGCUAGACACAGCUGUGUGACGUCACACAACUAGACCAAAAUAAAAAUCCUGUUCACAUACUGCUAUCCAUUUUUAAGAACUACCAAUGAAAGAGUGUGAGAUUCUGUCCAGUAGGCAAAACUGUAAUGUUUGGGUGCAGUAACCAUUUAUACCAUAUAUUAUAGUAUUCAAAUGCAAAUAGCUACACAUUUUUACAAUGUUAAAUUCAAUACAUGUUAAAAAUUACUUAAAGCAGAGUUCAUGUUGUGUCUUUUUGAGGUGGGUGACAUGACCAAGAUCUUAUUUCAAGAUAAAACAUAUUUUAAUUAAAAUAAAGAUAACAGUAACAAUAUAUCACAAUAUAAGUAUUUUGGUUAUGUCAAUUUUGUUAUUAAAAAUAAGAAGCAAGUUACACACAAUACAUUUUUAAAAUGACAUAAAAAAAAACAAAAAAAACAAUGUUGUCACAACCGAAACUUCACCACGUUUCGGUACUGUCAAUUUUAGGUACGUUUGUGUCUAGUUGAAAGAUGCUAAUCAGCACACGUUAGCUAGCACAAUUCUGAACAGUUGUACACAUAAAAACUAAAUUUUAUGGAAUGACACCCAAAAAAUUUUUGAACACAUUUAGCUCAAAAUUAUGGAUCUUAUCUACUAUGAAAGAGAGGCUAUGAGAGGGAGGGACACAGGAAUAUUUCCUCAUCAAAAAUGUAUAAGUAUGUUAAAAUCAGUUUUAGCCAAUGGACUAAAACACUGUUUUGGUAGUGACAUGAAAAUGUGGGAUUUUUUUUUUUAACAUAGUUUCAUGAUUUAAAAAAAAAAAUAGCUUAAAAUAAUCAAAUACUCUUUGGAAAGGGAUUAGAAAGAGUUCACAUAAAAACACAAACAACAAUCCUUUCAAAUGGUUUAGAGUGAAAAUGUUCUUGUAAAAUGAUACAAAACAGACACUCCCUGCAUAAAGAUCAUGCAGUCUGUGUAGGGAACUAAACCAGAGAUUGUAUUAUAGGGAGAUGAGAGGAUCUGUAUCUCUUACCAUUGGAGAAAGCGUAACGGCUAACUUAAUCACGUGUGGCACGUCUCAGCCUAUCGUGUAAUGACAGUGACAUCAGUCACAACAUUCCCUAGUCUGCCUUCUCUUAAAAAAUACAUUUUUAUUAAGCUAAAAUCUACAUAUAGUUCCCAAUGAAAGUAUUGUUUAGUGUAAAACAUGCUGAAGAUUAGCAAACAGGCUGUGGAUUAAUUAAAUGAUUAGCUAUUUCCCCACAAAACUGUGCACCUUCUGACACUGCCAAAAUUUGAAAUCUGAGGUCAAAUUUGAUCGCAACAGUCAUUAAUCGGCUGUCUGUGAACAUGGCAGGAUUAUAGGAAUCUUUUAAGAUUGUCAAUUUGUCUCAGAUGACCAAAUCGUGGCCCAAACCGCACAGUGUGACCCCGGCUUUACUUUGAACUGAAUCUUUACUAUUCACUCAACAUUUAAUACAUGCAAACAUUCUCAUUCGCAUUCUCACCUUUAUGCCAUGUAAAAUAAUCAAAAUAAAAAAUGAGUGAAAGUAUAGUUUGCAUGUAGUAUACGUCUUGCACACAUCUAUUUUUCUUCAUUACUAAUAUCUGAGAGGUAAAUUUAGUGAAAGGCAGCUCACAUGCUUCACAUGCAAUUAUAUGGGAAUUAUAUGUGUUGAAUUAUAUUUUUAGCUCCAUCCAUUUUUUCUCAUGUAGACAACAGGUUAUGCAAAAAAAAAUAUAUAAAGGGGCCUUAUCACUGGACAUAGUGCAUAUGUUAGCAAAAUGCCCCUUUCUAUAGUUAUUUUUCUAGCUGACUGACAAGUUUGAGCAUUGAACACUUAUCUGAGGUAAAUUUGACGUUACGUGACAUUAUUGUUCUUAAGCUGUUUUAUACAAGCUCUUUCCAAGGUAGAAAUGCUGAUUGAGCGAUCUGUCAGGCUACAUUAAACAGCGCUAAAAAGACAUUUACUGCAUGUCAUCUCAAUUUAUUACAUCAACACAAAAGAUGUGAUGGGCUACUCAUCACAGAACAUGCAUGUAAAAAAGGCACACAAUUUUUAAUCAUAACAUGUAAAUUUAUAUUGUUAACAGUGGGGAUCUCAGCAAAAAACAAAAAAACAAACAAAAAAAAUCACUUACAAAUUAAUAUUUUUGUGACCGUUUUGUUCGCAGUCUGGAGACCUGACAGAUAUCAUCAUCUCUAACUCAACCACUGCUAUGUCAUCUGCAUACAGAAGUUAAAGUCAUUAACCUGCAUUUCAUUAGGCUGGACAGGAAAAAUGACAAAUUAUAAAACAAGUGUGAGGAGCAGUUAUAUUUAUUAAAACUCUAUGGGGCUGAUCUGACUGAAAAUCUUUAAAGCAAUAAUAAUAGUGUGUCAUCCAAAUGACUUUCAUUUCUUUUAAGGCCCAAUGGUCAUUCAUUUUCAUUUUAAGGCCCCCACACUAUUAGGACAAACCCAAAUAACAGUUAAAGGAUUUUCCUUCAAAUCUGCCUAUUCCACUUUGCAGAGCAAACAGAAUUCUGCUUAUUUUUGCCAUUUGCAGUGUUUCUUCGGUGAGUCUACAAAACUCCCUAUGGACUUCAAUGUCAUGUCCCAUGAAAGUUGCUAGCUGGUCUAGUUCAUGAGUUUGUAAGUUUGAGAAACUGAGGCUACAUGCUUUCUCAACUUGGUACAUCUACUGGAUGUUUUGCCCCACAGUGUUCUUCAUAUCACACUCAGCUGUCACAUCCACAGAUGUUCUCCUCUGAUCUAUGAAAAAAGGAUGGGCAAAUAUGUAGGGAUUUCUAGGGGAAUUCCAACAUCUCUAGUUUUAAUCAUUAGUUCCACAGAUUAUUAGACAUUUGCUGGUAAUAGUAUUGGUACUUUGUGACUUCUUUUCCCUGUACCUCUACUAUGGUGAGAUCUUCACAAAGUUUCUUCUCAAAAGAUCAUAGGCUCUCCAGAAUUUCAUCCUGCAUAAUGUGUUCUGCAGGUAUGUUUUGACUUCUAUCGUAGAAACCUCACCUUCACAAAGCCAACUGAAUAAUAUCAGCUGUGCCAGAGUCCCCUGAGAGAGAUCACUCCAUGACUUUUGUGAUGGAUGGUUGUUACAAUCACCUGGCUCUGGGUGAAGCAACAUUACCAAAAGAGGUGGCCACACAGAAGACUAAGUAUAAGUAUAAAGAAAGUAAAAAAAGAAAACAAUCCAGGACUGGAGAGGAAAGAUGAACGGCAGCCUAGUCCAGACAACACAGGGCUCUCUGAAUCUCCGUCAUUUAACCCCAAACGCCAAUCACAGGUAACACUCCACACCUGUACCUGACGCUCACUCUGAAAGAGAGGCCUGGGGUGCAUCAUCCUCCAAGAGAAUUUUAUUUUAACUUCUAAAUGAAGCAUUUUGUGCAUUCUGACAAGAAAAUCCCAUUCAGGAGGGUAAUAUCUGCAUUUUUGGUGGGGUUCGCGUGGGAAAAUUCGCAUCUGAGGGGCUAAAUAUCAUGUUAUUUGGGGUCGCUUCAACUCGCGGACAUGAAAAACAACCACGGCAAUAGUGUAAAAGUAGCCCAAUUCCAUGGGAAAACCAUGGACUUGGCAACACUGAAAACAUUUACUUCAAUCAAAAAACAACAACAACAAAAAUCCUGCAAAUUUCACAAUUGGAUUCGGUUUUGAUUCAGAAACUUCCAAUAUCCAGAAAGGAUAUUAAGAUAUCUUUAAUAUUUCUUGAGUUACAGACAUGCAAACUUUUAGCAUGCCGAAACCAACCUUGAUGAGAUUCACACCUAUGUUGUCACAUGCUGCAUUUAUUGACUGGAGGAGACUUUCUGUCAUACACCUUCCACCGCCAUACUGAGAAAAAUUCUUCUAUAGGAUUAAAGAAGGGAGAGUAUUUUGGGAGGCACACAUUUAUAACAUAUGGGUUAUUGGUAAAUGUUUCACAAAAUUUUGGACCACAGUGAAAAUUCACAUUGUCUCAGAUGACAACAUACACAGGAUGUUCUGCCUGCUCAUGACCUCUCUGCUCACGUCUGAGAAAAUGGCCGUAAAGCAUCCAGAAAUGUUAUAAGAAACAGUGUUGUAUGGCCUUAAAGUCACAUGGCAGUGGAGAACCCCAUAGUUUCUGAGGGCAGCAGAUAUGAUCAUGCUCAUUUUACAUAAGGUUGAAGGUUUGGAGUUGGAUAAAUCCCUGUAUUUAAUGGAUCCUCUAAAAAUUGAACAUAAAUGGAUUGCCAAUGUUUUAUUUCAAUCUCUUCAAGAUUUGGAGUCUUGAUAACCUACAGAGAGAUGAGAAGACAGUUUCUAUCAUUGACCUCUGGAUAAGCCUUUAAUAAAUGAAACACAGUUUGAUUUAAAUGUUUGUUGCUCUUUCAAUCAAUGACUGCUGGAAUCACAGAAAUUUAAUUUUGGAGGAUUUAUUAAUAUAGCUGGGCUGGACUGGACUUUGAGAAAACAGAAGUGGCCUCAGGUCUCUACGGACUGUUGCACAAGAACUGGAAGUCAUUGGUUAGUAACAAAGAAAAAGAGUUACUGAUAGACCACUAUAGAGGAGGAAGCAAUGGAAAUAUAGAAGAUAUGUUCCCCAAUUUGACUCUAUUAGAUGAACUAGAUGGUUGUAAGCGUCCUUUGUUACAUACUGAAAGACCCAUGCGUUUAGAUUUGUGUACAAGUACUGGUAAAGCAUUUUAUAAAAUGUGAAGUUUUUAAUAAAAACGUUUUGGGUAGAUACGCCUUGGCGUAUGGUAUUGAAUGUGGAAGAGAUUGUGAGACCUGAGUAGAGGUCUCUGUAUAAGCCACCGUUAAAAAAAAGGACGGGAUAUACAGUGGCAACUUCUUCAUUGUGCAAUUGCAGUAAAUGCUUUCAUUUGUUUUAAAUGCUGAUGUCAGCGUAGAAUGUCCUUUUUGCCUAAAAAGAGAAACCGUUUUAAUGCUUUUAUGGAGUGUGAUUAGACUGAAACCUUUAUUUUAGUUUUGCAAAAAUUGUUCAAUUCCUUUUAACAAAGAAUUCUAUAACUUUUAUUUAUGGUUUUACAUUUGUUAAAAAGAAGAGUUGAAUUUGUCAAUUGUAAAAUUUUAUUUUAAGACAGGCCAAAUUAGCCAUCAAUGUGAGCAGGAAAAAUAAGGUUGUCAGGGAAUGUUAAUGUUUUUAAAUACAGUAAAAACAAGAUAUUAAUUUAUUUUCAUUUUUUAAGUCAAUAAAAGAUCUGUUAACAUUUGAGAUGGAGUGUUGUGUAAAUAGAAUGUGUGUGUGAUGUAAAACACUCAGGCGUAGAUCAUUGUUUUUUAUAGCUCUGAACUUUGGCCAGGCACCUUGUCAAAGUUCACUGAGCACUGACAGUUUCUCCAUCAUUUCACGAACUCUCCAGAUCACUGCUGUAAAAUAUUACAGAACAUCAAUAGGAAAAUGCAUUCUCGUGCUGGGCUCUGUCCAUUCCGGCUCAGCGUGUAUCACAUGCAAAAAGUCACCUGACAUCCUUUUACCAUUUGUGUUCUGUAAUGAUGUCGCAAAAAUGUUUCAACAUUUAAUUGUGUUGUUUUAACUGGGUGUGGCGUCACAUGCUGAUCUGUCCUCAUUCAUGUUUCAGUCUUCGGAGAGUGAAGAUGUCCCGCACAGAACAGCAUACACUGUCAGGAAUAACCACUGAUGCCUUGACUGAAGAAGAUCUGAGGAGGUGACUGAGUAAAUUGAGGCAGAAGCUGUGAAUCUGUGAAGGGUGAUGGCGCCUGUUGAAGAGCUGCUUGAGAAAUCACUGAAUGAACUGGUUGAAGCUGAACUGAAGAAGUUUCAGUGGCACUUAAAGAAUCAUGAGCAUAUAUCAAAUUCUGAUAUGGAGAAUGCAGAUAGGUUAAAAACUGUGGAUAAGAUGGUGGCAUGUUUUGGGCUAGAAGAAGCUGUGAAGAUCACGGUGGAGAUCCUGAGGAAGAUGAACCAGAAAAAUCUAGCUGAGCAGCUGGAGAACAAACACAAGCAAGCAGUCUGGCCGCUGCAAUUUGGACUAAUCCAUGAUUACACAGAGACCAGCCGCAGACUGAAGAACAAAUUAAAAGAGGACUACAAGCGGAUAUUGGUUGGUAAUUCACAGACGGGUCAUCAGAAAUACCUGAAUGAUAUCUACACUGAUUUAUAUGUGGUGGAGAAUGUGACUGGUGGAAGAGUGAACAACCAUGAGGUGAUGCAGAUCGAAUCAAAUCACAACCGAUUGACUGCCAAGGAGAAGCCAAUCAAGUGUAAUGACAUGUUUAAAGUCCAGUGUGACACGGGUCGACGAAACAGAAAAGUGCUGACAAUGGGGAUUGCAGGAGUGGGAAAAACUGUCUCUGUCAAUAAAUUCAUCCUUGACUGGGCUGAAGGAAGAGAAAAUCAGGAUAUAGUCUUCAUAUUUCCACUUCCAUUCCGUAGAUUGAAUUUGAUUAAAGAAGAGUACAGUCUCAUGGGACUGAUAAACAAAUACUUCUUUAGUAGUCCUGAAGAACUGCCCUUUCUUCCUGAAGGUGACGGUAAAGUCAUGUUCAUCUUUGAUGGGCUGGAUGAAUGUCGCUUUCCUUUAAGCUUUAAAGAUGAUGAUGGAUUUACAAAUGUAAACAAAAAAACAACAGUGAGUAAAAUAAUAAUAAACCUUAUCAAGACACAUCUGGUUCCAUCUGCUCUCAUCUGGAUCACAUCCAGAUCAGCAGCAGCAGGUCUGAUACCCCGUGACUACAUUGAUCAAGUGACAGAGGUGCGAGGAUUUAAUGAUGAACAGAAAGAGCAGUACUUCAAAAAUAACAGCACUACUGAGGUUUCUGAAAACAUUAUCCGUCACAUCAAGAAAUCCAGGAGUCUGUACAUCAUGUGCCAUAUCCCUGUCUUCUGCUGGAUCUCUCUCACUGUUCUUCAGCCUCUACUGGCUCGAGAGAGCAAUGACAAAACUCCCACAACGCUCAUGGGAAUGUAUACAAGCUUUUUAAUGUCUCAGCAGCAACAGAUGGAAAAAAAAUACUGUGAUGACCCUGAACCUAAAGCUAAUGCAAGGUCUUUUGAUCAGAUUAUUCUGAAGCUUGGGAAACUGGCCUUUCAACAGCUGGAGAAAGGAAACUUGAUUUUCUACAAAGAAGAUCUUGAAGAAUGUGGACUAUAUGUCAAAGAAGGGUCUGUGCACUCUGGGUUAUGUACGCAAAUGUUUCAGGAGGAAACAGUUUCAGCCAGAAGUGUUUACAGCUUUGUACAUCUCAGUGUACAGGAAUUCAUUGCUGCUCUUUAUGUGUUUUUGAUUAGCAAAGACAAGAAAACAAACCCAUUUCUUGAAUCCAAAACAGAAAAACUGAAAUGGAAUCUUUCCAAAAAGCCACUGUUUAAACUACAUAAGGCUGCAAUCAACAAGGCUUUACAAAGUGAGAACGGACACCUGGAUCUUUUCCUCCGGUUUCUUCUGGGUCUCUCACUGGAGUCCAAUCAGAAUGACCUGAAGGAACUACUGCCAAAACUGAAUCUGAAAGCAGAUAAUGUGAAAGACACCAUUGGCUAUGUCAAAAAGACAAUAGAGAUGGAGAAAUCAGUGGAAAGGACCAUCAAUCUCUUCCACUGUCUGAGUGAACUGAAAGAUGACUUUGUGGAGGAAAUCCAGGAGAAUCUGAGCUCAGGAAAACUUUCAGCACAUAAUCUCUCCUCUGCUCAGUGGUCUGGUCUGGUGUUUGUGCUCCUCAUGUCAGAAGAGAUUCAAGAAAAGUUUGAACUGCAGAAAUACAGAAGAUCUGAUGAAGCAUUGAUGAGACUGCUGCCAGUGAUCAAAAACACCAGAAGAGCACUGUAA